UAAUAUAGGUAGUAGUGGGAAGAGCGAAAAUGGCCAGCGUGCGAGUGAUCAACUCCGUUGUCAGGUAACUGUCAGAAGACAUACCUCUGUUCAACUGUGAACACACCGGAUAGACGAUAUUCUCCCGCAAAUGUUUAGAUAAACGAUCAACAUUACACCAUGGCGUUUCUCGAGUGGCGGAGGUUCAAUUUCUUCGACCUCAAAAAAGAAGUCGAUGCCGGGAAGGUUGCCAAGGCGCUCGGCGAGGCCCAAGUGACGGCAGCCACCAGCGGUAAUGGGAACUUAGUGUUCGGGGACGACACAGGCAAUGUGCAUUUAGUGAACAGGACCUACGACGUCACCACGUUUCGCGCGUACGAGAUCACGUUAACUCUAGCACAACAAGUUCAACAUUCCACUUUCUUAUUCACAAUUGGUGAAGAUGAGCCAGGUUGUAAUCCUACAAUAAAAGUUUGGAAUUUGGCUAAGCCAGACAAGCAGGGCAAUCCAACAUGCGUCCGUAUCAGUAGAGCCAUACCUAGUUACAGAGCGGUUCCUGCGACUGCUCUGUGCGUGCACACUAGUCUUACGUUAAUGGCUGUUGGAUUUGGAGAUGGUUCCAUCAUGCUGUAUAGGGGCGAUUUAACUAGAGAAAGAAAGAACAAGAUAAAAGUGUUGAAGGAUACUAAUGUUUCUAUCACUGGUCUAGCAAUAAGAUCCACUAGCAAACAAAACCACUUAUUUGUUGCUACACCGAAUAGUGUAUUUCUAUACAAUGUUACUCUUAAGGAUAAAGAAUUUAAGUCUCCCUUGGACACUAUGGGUUGUGCCAGAAAGUGCAGUGUUCUCGCCGAGUCGAUGCAAGACAGCCAUUUCAUGAUCGGCCGAAACGACGCAAUUUAUUGUUAUACACCAGAUGGUAGAGGUCCUUGUUACGCAGUAGAAGGUCAGAAAAUAAUGUUAGAAUGGUUUAGGAGUUAUUUAGUUAUUAUAGCUAAAGAAGCCGCUAACGUUCCGAGAACGUCGACGACCAUUUCGGCAAAGCCAAGUACCAUAGAACCGAUACCGCCAGGAGUAGAUAAACAUGUGAUUACAGUUCUUGAUAUACAGAACAAGUUCAUUGUUUUCUCUGCGCCAAUGUUGUCCGUGCAAGCUGUUUUAUCGGAAUGGGGUGGAUUUUUCAUACUGAGCGGCGAUAGUAAACUAUAUCAUCUGGAUGAGAAAGAUUUACAAUCCAAAUUAGCAUUACUCUUCAAAAAGAAUUUAUACGACGUAUCGAUAAGGAUAGCCAAAAAUCAACAGUACGACGCUGAAGGGCUGGUUGAUAUAUUUCGACAAUACGGAGAUCAUCUGUACUCGAAAGGGGAUCAUAAUGGAGCGAUAGAACAAUAUAUUAAAACGAUUGGGAAAUUAGAACCAUCGUACGUAAUCAGAAAAUUUUUAGACUCCCAACACAUUGAUAAUCUAACGACUUAUUUGCAAGCUCUGCAUAAAAAUGGGCAGGCGACAGAAGACCAUACUACUUUAUUAUUAAAUUGCUACACGAAACUUAAUCAUACGGAUAAGUUGAAAGAGUUCAUCAUGACGAAAGACAGGGAGGUGGAUUUCGACGUCGAAAUCGCAAUAAAGGUUUGCCGACAAGCAUCGCCGGAAGAUGCCCUGUUGUUAGCGCAGAAACACGGUCGUCACGAAUGGUACCUCCGGAUCCAGAUAGAAGAUAAGCACGAGUACAAAAAGGCAUUAGAAUACAUGGCAACUCUGGAGUUUGAAGAAGCAGAAUCGAACAUGAAGAAAUAUGGUAAUAUCCUCAUAGAAAAUGUGCCAAACGAAUCGACGCAAUUUCUAAAAGCUUUGUGCACCAAUUAUAGGCCUUCGAAUAAACCGCUUGUAGACCAGGAAACUUUAGAUGGUACCGUGGACCAACAUAUCGAUAAGGCUAAUCCCGAAGAUUUCAUUCACCUCUUCUUAAAUAACUCUGAACGUCUGGUAGAAUUCUUAGAGCACUUGGUAAAAACAGAUACCAAAUGGAGCACUCUCGUCUAUAAUACAUUGGUGGAGCACUAUCUCCAUGUUUGGUCAGCUUUAGACAAUGACGGAGCGAAAAUGCAAUACGAGCAGAAAAUUGUUCGACUCUUACAAAAUUCGGAGGCUACUUACAACAAAGAUCAGAUAUUAAUUCUGUGCCAUCAACAUAAUUUCAGACGAGGAUUACUGUUUCUUUACGAGGAGAAUAAACUAUAUCAGGAAAUAUUGCGAUUCCAUUUACGAGAAGGUGACAGCGAUCAGAUUUUAGCUACGUGUAAACGAUUCGGACAUCAAGAUCCGAAUUUGUGGGUUCAGGCGUUAUGGAGCGUCGCAAGGAAUAAAGAAGCACCGGCCAAACUUCUCGCAGACAUAUUAGCUUACAUAGCACAAGAAAGACUUCUGUCACCACUGAUGGUGAUCGAUGCUAUCUCUACUUCGCUUUCGUGCACGUUAGGAGAUGUAAGAACGUACUUAAACAGCGUGUUAAAAACGGAACACAAGCAGACGCAAGUAGAUAUAGAAUUAACCGAGAAGUAUCGAACGGAUACCCAGAAGAUACGAGAACAAAUAGAAUCGAUUAAAAAUAGCACGAUAAUCUUCCAAGGAUCGCGUUGCAGUGCAUGUCAUCAUCAAUUGGAACUGCCAUCGGUACAUUUUAUGUGUCAACAUUCGUACCAUCAACACUGUUUCCAAAGCUUCUCGGAAAACGAAAACGAAUGUCCGGCCUGCCUACCGAUUAAUAAAAAAUUGCUGGACAUCAUAAAAGCGCAGGAACAGUCUCGAGAUCUCCACGAAACGUUUCAUAGUUUAUUAGACCGAGCUGAAGACCCGUUCUCUUUGGUCGCCGACUAUUUCGGUCGCGGUGUCUUUAAAAAGUUGAUGGUGAUCACCGAUAACGAUAAGUCGAUGAAGUUCCAGGAACAAAAAUUGAACUAUGGACCAGGAGCGGAAGCUAGGAUAAGAUUAAUAGAAGGGAAGAAUCCAGCUUCAGGGAAAACAGAAACUCGUCGUCCUUACGAUAAUCUCUCUACAACGGCAGAUGAUCGUCUACGAUCAUUUCCCAAAACUGAUCUGUAUACCUCGUCGUUAGAAGCGAAUAUCUCUGGCAGCGGCAGUGGUAUAUCGACUCCGCGAGGCAACUCGAGGAAAGCUUCGCCAGUGCCUAUAAGAGAGGCUCGUAUUCUAAAUAGCAUAACACCCAAAUCUUCACCUGCCAAGUCUUUUGUACCACCGAAAACACCGAUCGUAGCUUCCAAUCCAUUCGAGGUGGACGACUACGACGAAUCGAAGAACCCGUUCUCCGAAGAGAAAGAUGACGAUGAUGAUACUAAUCCCUUUAAGAAUGACGACGACACGAAUCCUUUUAAAGAUGACGACGACGACGAGUAUAACAAGAACUUGAAUCCUUUUGGUACAUAAAUUGCAUUUAUUCCAUUUAACUGAAUUACUAAGGUCGUGAAUAGUCAGUGAAUCACGCGUUAUUAACGAUUAACGAAAAUCGUCUCGGCUUCUGAACAAAGAGAUUAUAAACCACCCACAUAUAUAAACUUGUAAAUCGAUUGCAUAAGUUCAGUUCAGCUUUUAUCAGUAUAAUCCUAGUUAAAGGAUA